GAGUGGAACUAAGUGCAUAACAUUGAACAAGGAAACGUAAUACAUUUGAUUUUCUGUUUUCAUUUAGCUAUAAGGUUACAUUUUUUUUGGUCUGACCUUCAGGAAAUUACAAGUACCCACUGAAAAAGGAAACCACAGUACAGGAGUGUUCUUAAUCAUGGAUCUCACAGAGGAGGAGACAGUUCCUCUAGUGGAUCGGGAGAGAGGAGGCAGCCAGAGGUCUGGAUCAGGCUCUGGAUUACAGGUUUAUCUGUAUUUCCUCCCUGCCACAAAAACAGCAACAACUAUCAACAUAACUUCUGGACAAAUCUCUGCUGAAAAGGUCUGUGUCCUGGCAGCUGAAAAAUGUGGUAUCCUUCCCAUAUACCACAGCCUGUUUGCCUUGGCAAUCAGUGAUCUCUCCUACUUUUACCCCCCAACACACGUUUUCAACACUGAAGAAAGCAUUAGCGUUCAUUACAGAGUCAGGUUUUUCUUUGCUAAUUGGUUUGGACAAGGAUCGAAAACAUCAUACCGCUACUGUCUGACAAGAGACAGAGUCAAUGCAGUGCUUGACUUCUGUGUCAUUGAUUAUCUCUUUGCCCAGUCCCGCAGUGACUUUGUGGCUGGCCAGGGGGGGGUCUCACCUCCACUGAGUGCCCAGGAGGAGUGUCUUGGCUUGGCAGUGCUAGACCUUUGGCGACUGGCCAAGGAACGCAACCAGAGUGUAAGGGAGGUCAGCAAGACUUUCAGCUACAAGUCAUGCCUUCCCAAGACACAUCGGCAGGACAUCCAGCAGAUGAGUCGGCUGGCACGUUACAGAAUCCGCAACACUCUGAAGCGGUUCCUGAAGAAGCUGGGCCACUGUUCAGUUGGGGAACACCGCCUGAAGAUCAGGUACCUGAUAGAGCUGGCUGGGGUGGAUCCUUCCCAUGGUACUGAGACCUUUCUGUUGAACCAACCGGGGUCCCAGCUGCCGCAGAAGGAAGCGACAGCCAGCCUUCUGCGGGUCUCUGGGGAAAGUGGCAUACAGAUCAGUGGAUGUCUCCGCCCUGAAGAAGUCCAGGAAUGGCAGACGUUCUGUGACUUCCCAGAAAUUGUCGACAUCAGCGUCAAGAGGGCUUCCAGUGAACGGGUCGCUCAAGACAGCAGGGUGGUCUCCAUCACCCUGCAGGAUGACCGAUGCCUGGAGGCAGAGUUUCAUACAGUGCAAGAAGCCCUGUCAUUUGUUUCACUUGUGGAUGGCUACUUCAGACUGACUACUGACUCAACUCACUAUUUCUGUCAAGAUGUUGCCCCUCCCAGCUUGCUUGAAGACAUUGAAAGCCACUGCCAUGGACCAAUCACCUCCGAGUUUGCAGUGCACAAGCUUAAAAAAUGUGGUGCCAAAAGAGGCAGGUUCCUGCUGAGACGCAGCCCCAAAGAAUAUGACAAGUUCUUUCUCACCGUUUGCGUUCAGACUCCUCUUGGAAUGGAUUACAAAGAUUGUGUAAUUACGAAAAAUGAACAAUUCAAUCUUCUGGGGGUCCAUAAGUCCUUUCUCAGCUUGCGUGAGCUUACUGAUUUCUACCAACAAAGCAAGCUGGUUCUAGCUGAGGUUCCUGUCAAGCUGGAAAGAUGCUGUCCACCUCGACCAAAAGAACUCUCAAACACAGUCAUCAUGCGUAGCACCAAGUUAACAGAGACACAGGGUUCCCCAACACUGCCCAGGACCAAACCCAGUCACAUCCAGUUCCACAUGAUCAAGUAUGAAGAUCUUCAAUGGUGUGAAAGCUUGGGACAGGGGUCCUUCACGCGCAUCUUCAGAGGCCGCAAGGUUGACAUUCACGAUGGAGAGAGCCAUGUGACCGAUGUUCUGCUUAAGGAGCUGGAUGCAAACCAUAAAACCUGCUGGGAAUCGUUCUUUGAAGCUGCCAGCUUGAUGAGCCAAAUUUCUCACAAGCACCUUCUUUUGGUCUAUGGAUUAAGUGUUCACAUUUCCAAAAACAUCAUGGUGCAGGAGUUUGUCAAGUGUGGGGCCCUCGAUCUAUACCUCAAGAGGGAAGGGUCUGUGUCAGUCAGCUGGAAACUUGAAGUGGCCAAACAACUGGCUUGUGCCCUCAAUUUCCUGGAAGAGAAAAACAUUAUUCAUGGCAAUAUUUGCGCCAAAAAUCUCCUCCUGGCUAGGGAGGGGGACAUAUCCAAAAGAACCUCUCCUUUCAUCAAGCUGAGUGACCCUGGCAUCAACGUGGCAAUCCUGGGCCGAGAUGUGGUGCUGGACAGGAUUCCAUGGGUAGCUCCUGAGGUGCUGGAGACUCCAGAGAGGCUUGAGCUGGAGUGUGAUAAGUGGAGUUUUGGUGCCACACUGUGGGAGAUAUUCAAUGGAGGACAGGCACCUCUGCAGGGUUUCGACUUAGAGAGGAAGCUGGAGUUUUACGAGAACUACAAGCAGUUGCCCUCCUCUGAGUGGACAGAGCUGGCUGAGCUCAUCAGCCAAUGUAUGAACUACCAGCCUGCAUUCCGGCCAUCUUGUCGAAGCAUUAUCCGCCAACUAAACAGCCUGAUAACUUCAGACUAUGUGAUACUUCACGCUGCAGAGCCUAUCCCUGGCAGGGACAGCUCCUGGAGAGAAUUAAGCCCUUCCCACCAGCUGGACCAAUUAAUGUAUGAGGAGAGACACCUGCGCUACAUCUCCCCGCUGGGAAAGGGGAACUUUGGCAGUGUUGAGCUGUGCCGAUAUGAUCCUCUGGGGGACAACACAGGCGAACUGAUUGCUGUGAAGAAGCUACAGCCCAACAAGCAGUCAAACCUCAAGGAAUUUCAGAAGGAGAUCAACACCAUUCGCUCACUGCAUUGUGACUACAUUGUCAAAUACAGGGGCGUCUGCUACAGCAUGGGUCGCCUCAGCAUGAGCUUGGUGAUGGAGUACUUGCCCUAUGGUAGUCUGAUUGGAUACUUGGAGAAAAACCGUCUGCAUGUCAACUACAGGCGAAUGUUGCUCUUUGCUUCUCAGAUCUGUAAAGGCUUGGAGUACUUGCAGAGCAUGCGUUAUGUGCAUCGAGAUCUGGCGGCAAGGAACAUACUGGUGGCGAGUGACACGCUGGUCAAAAUCGCAGAUUUCGGCCUGACAAAGAUAAUUCCCUUUGACAAGGAGUACUACAGAGUGGCACAUCCUGGAGAAAGCCCUAUUUUCUGGUAUGCCCCAGAAUCCAUCACAGAGUCCAAGUUCUCCCACAAGUCAGAUGUCUGGAGCUUUGGUGUUGUCCUUCAUGAGCUUUUCUCGUAUUGUGAACACAACAGCAACCCAAAGAGGCUGUACAUGCAGGAGAUUGGCAGUGACAUGCAGGCUCCUUCCAUUUCAAUGCAUCUCAUUGAUAUCCUGAAGAACAACUGGAGGUUGCCUGCACCGCCACACUGUCCCACCAAGGUUUACGAUAUGAUGAUGAGGUGCUGGGAAUACGACACUGACAAACGGCCAACCUUUUCCUCGCUGGGAGAUCAGAUUGAAACCUGUAUUCAGGAUGAGAGAGAAGGUUCAAAAGGAUGAAAAAACCUGAGGCAGAACUUACUGGACAACAGGCCGAACCUACUGGAAAACAGGUUGAAACUAUUGGAAAACAGGACCGGACAAAAACAUUAUAGCCAACCUAUUUGAGUCUAUACUGUGCGCAGACCUCUUUUCCAAAAUAAUAAUUUUUCUCUGCAGAAAAAGGUCCUACAUUUAAAAUACACAUUAAAUAUAGAAUAUAUAUUUUUGUAGAAAGCUAAAUUAUUGACCAGAAGGAAGCUAGGUUUAUAGACAGCAUGAGUCAGGCCCCUGGCCUAGUGAUAUUUUUGCCUGCGACAUCAGAAUCUGUGUCAGCCAUUGGCUCUUCAAAUGAUUAAGACGUUGGUUCGUUCCAAUCCCACCUGUGACACAAGUAGUUACUGUAAAAGUAGUUCAUACACCAACAAAAAUCUUCAUGGGGACACAAAGCCAGAAAAUAAUAAUUUUGUAUCUGAGUCAGAGACCGUACAAACACAGGCAGUUGGCUUAGAGUUACAAUCAUAGUUUUGUUUCUCCCUGCAUGAUCAUUCUCUAUGCUUAUUGCCCCCGAACUCCUGAUCAGUUAUUUCUGGUCAGGUCAGGAUGGGUCACUCUGUUCUGCUUAGUGUCACCUCCCAACUAAAAAAAGAAUUUGCCUGUGAGAUGCCUCGCUUUGAGGCACCCCCACAGUGGGACAGGUGCCUGGACCGUUAGAUCAGCAACAUGACAGGUCAAAAUUUGUUUGGGGCAGCCUGGGUUGGUACUGCUCUUUCAGUAAAAAUGUUGUCCUUUGUCUUUCCACACUUCCCUGUUAAAUAAAGCAUAACAAUGCCUGAAAUAUAUUUAAAAAAAACUGUGAA